AUGUUAUCACAUUCUGCCAUGGUCAAAGAGAGGAAACAAGCAGCAUCAGCCAUUAUGGAUGAAAUACACAGAAAUGUUUCGCCCAGCUUAGACCUUGGAAAAAAGGUCAGCACCCCCAGAGACAUCAUGGUAGAGGAACUGUCAACACUCAGCAACAGAGGAGCAAGACUCUUCAAGAGACGUCAGCGGAGAUCUGACAAAUACACAUAUGAAAAUUCUCAUUAUGUAGUAAACAAGCCAAGAAAUCGUGGAGAACCUAUGCAGAGUGUUAAAAUGGACGGCCUCAGUGUGGAAGGAAUUCCCCAGCAUGCCCCAAUGACACCUCCUAAUACACCUGAUCCCCGGAGUCCACCACACCCUGACAACAUUGCCCCAGGAUAUUCUGGACCACUGAAAGAAAUUCCUCCUGAAAAGUUCAACACUACUUCCGUGCCAAAAUAUUAUCAGUCUCCCUGGAUAGAAGCCAUUAGGGAUGACCCAGAGCUACUGGAAGCUUUAUAUCCUAAACUUUUUAAACCUGAAGCAAAGCCAGAACUGCCUGACUACAGGAGCUUUAACAGAGUUGCCACUCCCUUUGGUGGUUUCGAGAAAGCAUCAAAGCUGGUUAAAUUCAAGGUACCAGAUUUUAAUCUACUGAUGCUAAAUGAUCCCAGAUUCAUGAUCCUUGCAAACCCUCUUGCUACCAGAAGAUCCUUCAAUAGGACUCCUAAAGGAUGGACAUCAGAGAAUAUUCCUGUAGUGUUCAUUCAGCCUUCAGAUUCCAUUCAACCUUCAGACUCCAACAAUGUUCCAGAAACAGAGGAUCUGUGA